AUGACUUCGAGAGUUCUUAACCGCCGUCAGGCACGGUGGUCGACGUUCCUUUCUGAAUUCAAUUUCGUUUUGGCCUACGCUCCUGGGAUCAAAAAUCCUGCGGAUGCGCCCUCGAGGUGUGCGGACUUCGCGCCUCGAGAGGGAGAUGAGACCCUCCAGGUCAACCGCAAAGUCCUACUGAUGCCUCAGCACACACAGGAACUUUUCGACGCUCCGUCCGCCGCAAUUCGAGUGGCUGCGUUGACUUCACUCGCAGUCGAUAACUCGGACUUUCUCGAGCGCUAUAAGGCCGCACUGCGUGAAGAUCAAGAAUGGCGGACCGCAAUCACCCGAAGCGACAAGAACUUCGCGGUGGAUGGCUCGCUGGUCUACCACGACGGUCUUCUCUAUGUCCCUCGUUCACUACGCGCUGAUAUUGUCUCGUCACGCCACGACGCCCCCACAGGUGGACACGCAGGUCGUGUGCGUACGCUUGCAAAGCUGCGUGCUGACUUCUCGUGGCCCGGAAUGGCGACCUACAUUCGCAGCUACGUUCGCACGUGCGACGUCUGCGGUAGGAUCAAAACUCCGCGUCACAAG